CUGCCUCUGAGUUCCGAAGUGUGCUGACUGUCCGGCAGGGCUCCAGGCGUCCUUCUCGGGAAGCAGGGACACUGGGACACACCGGCCCCCCACGGGUCAACAUUUUGGUGACCCAUCCGGGAACCAGAGAAGACCCCUGACAGCUCCUGGGCUGCUGAGCAAACAGGUGCGGUGCCCACCUUGAGCUCAUCGUCACUGCUUUUCUCACCGACCCUGGAUUUUGAAGAACCCUGCCGUCUCCAUGACAACAAGCCCAUGUUAGCCUGCUGGAGGAUGAGAUACUUCAGGGAGUAGAACCAAGGUGCCCAGUCAACAGCCAGCUCCUCACCAGAAGCAGAGCCCCCUAACCAACCUGCAGCUGACCACACAUGCACGAAGGAGCCCAGCUGAGACCAGAAGAAUUGUCUAGCUGAGCCCAGCCUGAGCUAGGUAACCAUCAGCGAGCGAGCUUCUGCCAGAAGCCUAGGCCCGCCCCCAGCACUAGCCCCGCCCCUACCCGGGACCGCCUCAACACGUGCGGCGUGCCUGCAAUGCGCAUGCCCGCGGGGAAGGGGCGGGGCGAGCCGAACCCUGGCAGGGCCUGCGUGAGGAAGACCAUGGCCAUGCUGUCUCGGCUGCGAGAGGUGCCCCGGCACUUGCUGGUCUGCGAAAAGUCCAACUUCGGCCACGACAAGUCGCGCCACCGGCAUCUCGUUGAGACGCACUAUCACAACUACAGGGUUUCAUUUCUGAUUCCUGAAUGUGGGAUACUAUCAAAAGAACUGAAAGACCUGGUCAUGGACUCUGGACCCUAUUACUUUGUGAAGGAUUUACCUCUUCAUGAGUUAAUCGCACACGAAUUCAUCAAUACUUUUGUCAAGAAAGGGAAAUUAAUUUUAUCCCUGGAUAAAGACACUUAUGAAGAAGCUGGACUUCAAGGUCGUCCAUCUCAGUAUUCUGGCAGGAAAACCAUGAAAUUUAUUGUUUCCAUUGAUUUGAUGGAUUUAUCCUCUAAACUGGACUCUAAGAAGUAUAAAAGAAUAUCUUGGGCUUUCAAAGAAAAGAAACCAUUGAAAUUUGAUUUUCUUUUGGCGUGGCAUCAGACAGGUGUGGAAGGACCAACGAUGAUGUCAUACUUUUCCAAUUACCGGAUUCGGGAGCAUCAGCCAGAAAUAGCGCUGAGCACGGUGACGGAUCUGCAGUGCCCCGUGCUGCAGAGUGGCGAGCUUGGGGGCAAGCCCGAGGCGGCCUGCAGCGCCCGGGAGCUCUUCGAGUGGCUGGGCGCCGUCUUCAGUAACGCCGAGCUAAAUAAUGAGCCUGAUAAUUUCAUAUCAACCUACUGCUGUCCUCAGCCCAGCACCAUGGUGGCGAAGGCUUACUUGUGUACAAUCACUGGCUUCCUCCUUCCAGAGAAGAUACGUCUCCUGUUGGAACGGCUGUGUCGCUACUUUGAUGAACCAAAGUUGGCCCCGUGGGUGACGUUGUCGGUUCAAGGCUUUGCAGACAGCCCUGUUUCCUGGAGAGAAAAUGAACACGGUUUUCGAAAAGGAGGAGAACAUUUAUACAACUUUGUGGUUUUUAGUAAUCAGGACUACUGGCUUCAGUUGGCUGUUGGGGCAAAUGAUGACUGUCCACCAUAACAAGCACAGAGUUUCAAGUCAUGUUUGUUUAUGUUUAUGCUCGUUUUCCGUAUUGCUCGGCGGUAUAAGGACUGUGUGUUCACUCAGACUUGGGUGACGAUGACACUUCUCAGAUCAGCAUCUGUUAGCAUCUGCUCUGGACUCGGGCCUGUCCUGUGACAGGCUUGCCGUCAGGUGGAAGCUCAUAGUCGAUUUCUCCCUGUCACUUUGAGCCCAGGUGUGGGCUGCUGCGUGGUAACGUGGGCCACGGUGGCCAGGGACCGGGGGUUAUGGGACCACUGGGUAAGAUGUGUGCUGUGAUUGUGAGUUUUUCACAUCAUAAUAACAAGAAACCCUUAACAUCAUA